UAAGCUCAGUUCUCUGCAGGGUGAUCUGCGGGACAGACGUAACAUGUCGUCGAGCGACAAACGCCGAUUAAUAACUUUCAAAAAAGUUUAUCUUGUCAAUUAAAACAACGUUAAUUAUACUGAACUCCAACAUCCCCUGGGAUUCAGUAAAGAACACAGUACAAACCCUUGCUGAAGCAUUUAGAAUAUUUCAAUGCUAAUCAACUGUGGCAAUUAAAGCUGUUCCUAAUAACUGUUUACCAGGGGGAUAUAAGUUUCGUUUAAUAAAAAAAAUAAUUGAAGGAAAUAUUUAUCAGUGUAUAACUACCGUACAUAGUGUUUGCGUCUUAACGUGUACUUGACGAAAAAAGAAGCAGGAAUCGUUAAUUCGUGAACGGUGAAUUAUUUUCUAGUUUCUGAUCCUGACCAAGGCUGCAGUGAUUGUUUCUGUCUCGAGGUUUUUCUAUCUUUUGCUUUUCAUAAUUUGUUCUUUGUCUACCUGAUUCCUGCACAAAGAAUAUUCACUGACUCACCUACCUGCUGGACUCAUUUUAUUUUAUGACGGUUCUGAUGAACAGACACAGUUGAGGAUUGGGUGGGAUUAUUGCCUGUCUAUGGCAACAUCAGCGGUACCGAGGUACCAUCAAAACGGUACCACAGCGAGCACCAGUGGUGAUACCAUCAAUCCUACCAAUGACGUAGUUCAGCCAAUGAUCACUUGCCCGCCGAGUAAUUUUCCGGAUAAGUUUCAAGACUUCUUUGCCGCUCUUACAGAAGACGUGGACGACCUUCCCAGUAUGCUGGAGGACAAGCUUAUACCCAGAAAACAAGAUAAUUCUGGCACAGACUCACGUGGCCGAAGAUGGAGUAAACGAGCCUUUCAAAGACGCAGUAGCGAGGUCGAGGUACAUCUUCACAGGAACUCCCUAUCAACCGGAGGUCAAGUUCCGUUGUUUCCGGAUAGCAGGAAGUCACCAGGUACCUCACGAAGACGUAGUUCCAGCAUUGCCGUCGCCAGACCAACGCCCGAUUUGCAUCGGUUUUUGCAAACGGAAACUGGUCCUUGGGGACAUCUGUCACCUGCGCCACGCAGUCCUAGCAGAACUUCUGCCGUAAGUCCUGGAGCGACAUCCUCGACGUGUCAUCUAAGUCCUGGAACGAGUCCUGGGGGACCUAGUCCAACGAGCCCUGUUGGAUCAGCUUCUGGUUCCAGGGGCUUACCAUCGCAAAGACAAUACCGGUCUAGAACGAGUAGUAUGCCUGCUGUACCACGACACAGGCCGAUGCUAGCUGACACAAAGCGCAAUGGUGUCUUUGGCACAGAGGAGAAUGACGUCCCUGAGGACGGCGUCGAGUAUUACAGGCUUCGCUCUUUCUCGAUAACCGCUAAUGGCGUCUUCAAUUUGGGGGAUUCUCUGAGAAGCCGACGCAGUAGGAGCAUCAAUAGCGUUACAUCGUCCGGAACGAGUUGUAGCAGUACGAGGGAAGCCAGAUUAUUGAGCUCAGCCUUCCAGCUUUCCGGCACUGAGGGCGAGGAGGAAGCGAGUGACGGUCGAGUGGCCACUUAUAAGGUUGGCAUGCUUGGUGCCUCCGGGGUCGGAAAAACUGCCCUCACUGCUCAGUUCACAACCAGCGAAUAUAUUUGUGCCUAUGACGCGUCUUUAGAUGAGGAAUACGGACAGAAAACCGUUUCUGUGAUGGUCGACGGCCAAGAGACGGAAUUGGAGAUUAUCGAUCAUCCGGCAUCAGAGAUAUCGGUCGAGACUUUCUGCUCCACCUACAAUCCGGACGUCUACGUCGUCGUUUAUUCCGUCGUGGAUCGCAGAAGUCUGAAAAUAGCUGAAGAGACGCUCCUCUACCUGUGGAAGAGCGACUACAUGGCUAACCAUGGUGUCAUCCUCGUUGGCAACAAGGUGGACCUAGAAAGGAAACGAGAGGUACCACUGAUUGUCGGUCGCCGACUGGCCAACAAUUGUCGCUGUAAAUUCAUAGAAACUUCAUCCGGAUUGGCGCAUCACGUGGACGAAUUACUCGUUGGGAUACUCGCUCAGAUUAAGCUGAAUCCACAACGCGAUAGGGACCAGGCGACGCGACGACGACGUAGCAAGCAUCGACGAAGGAUCCUCAAGCACUUAUUGGGUAUCAAGAGGAAAACCAAGAGCUGCGAGAAUCUUUUCGUUCUCUAACUUUACAUACUACAGAGUAUUAUUACAUUGCGUACGCGCCCACGGUACAGAUCGUUUCAUAGAUACCUUUAUCGAACUGUAAAUACGUCAUUUAUCCAUUUCUUUGAUAUCGUAGAUUAUAAGUCUAGUAACGUUUGUAUACAGGGUGUCGCAGCAUCCUCUCAAUUAUUCAUAAUAAUUCGUGACACCCUGUAGCAUGCUAUAUAUAUAUAUAUAUCAUUGAAUAUCACUAAUUUAUCGGUUUUUAUCAUAAUCCCGCGAAACUCGCGGCGAAUCUUGUAUAGAACCUUGCAAUGCUAGGAAUUGUAUUAACUUAUGAAAUAUUACGCAGGACGUUGUGCCCUUACAAUUUUCUCAUUCACAAACAUACAUUUCUUUAUUCGAACGCGUACUCACUUUUACAUCCUAACGUCGUUAUUAUUCGUAAGAACUUGGUAUAUAUUGUCGCGAAUCGAUAACUUGCUUCAGCGAGGAGACAACUUUUUUUUUAACUUUUUAGUGUCAUCUCUAAUGUCUCUGACAAAUGGCGUGUUCUCACGGCGACGUCACGUUGAUUUGAAACAACAGGAAUAUAUAUAUAUAUAUCUGCGUGUCCAUUAAGAUAUCCACAAUGGCGGAACAAUAACAGGACGUCAUAAGCCGACUGAAAGAUUACAUUAUGGCGCGUCCAAUUGAAUGGGACCUAAUAGUUAUAAUAACAAAAGAUAAUGUAUUAAACAUAAUUCGUCUAUGUCAAAUUUAAUUU